GAUUUGAAUGUGUUCUGCAAAAGUUCAUGUUUGCUUGUUUGCUCGGUAUACAGGUAAGGCGGUUGCCGUAGCAACCGUUUAACAACACAGACAGCGGGAAGAUGGAUUACAACACAGCCGGUCGUUUCUUCGAUUCUGCAAUGAAGUUUAAGGUCUACGAGGAUUAUCUCGACUCCAAAGUCACACCAAUGGAUUUAUUUUACUUAGAGAGCAGGGAGUUGGCCCGCAAGCUGGUGGAGCACGGCCACAAGGGCACGGUCCUGAGCAGGGAGGAAUUUGAAGAGAGGAAAGCAGCUGCUCAGGCUGCAGAGGCUGUGAAGACCAACGCUUCCUAUAACAGGAGUCGGCCAAUGACACUGGCAAGUGCAGGAAAAGAACUCAAAGAUAACUUCCUGAAAGCCCUGGCAGAGCGAGAGGAGGCCAACCGCAGUGGGAAAAUGACUUCGGUCAUUUUCAUAAGGGAUCAUAAUACUCUUGGACAGGAAGUAUCUGGCUAUAUAGACUACGCCCACAGACUCAAGACCCAAGAUUUUGAACCAUAUUUCAGCGGAAAGAAGAGGCUCAUGCCAGGACGCUCAGAUUUAUGUUACUACAACUGGAAGACACAGGUGUCCACGUCCAACCCGAGCCUUAACUUCGAGGUGAUUUAUGACGACCCUAACGGCCUUCUCUUUAAGAACAAGCGGGACAAAAAGAUCCUGAAUGUGGACCCCUUGUCCGGUCCUGGUGAGGACUCCAAAAGGACGUUCCUACAGUCGGACCUCUACAUCCAUGUCGUCUUCUACGACCACAACAUCAGGACAGUCUAAGCGUCAGAGGCUGCAGCUGACACGUUCAUACAUAUGGCACGUAUUGGGAGAGCACUGGAAGCCUCUAAUUUGACUGGAGAAAAAAAAAAAAAAAAAAGAGUUGCUGUAGAGGCACCAAUCAUUUACAAACUGUUCCCCUCAUAUCAUGCAUGCCAUCUGGGUGGAGGGUGCUGCAUAAAAUGGCUUUUAAACUGAAGAUUCCCAGAGGAAGAAGUGGACGGACCAGUGAGCCAACUCGGAGGCGUUUCCUUGCAAAUAACCUGAGAUUUCAAAUGUCAGUUCAGAUUUUAUUACAUAAUCCUUCAGUGAACUGACCAAAAAAUAUUAUUUUAGUUAUUCAAUUCUUUUUAUUACAUUUAUUUGAAAACCAAGGCCCAGAUCGGCUCAGUUUUUUUCGGUCAGCAGUCUCAGUAAAGGGACAGAAACCUGCUCGGAGACCCCGGGCUCAUCUCAUCGUUUGGCCUGGCAUGUUUUGGGCUGUUUGUCUAAACAAAUUAAAGGCGUAAGAGCUUUGAAAGAUGAUGGGGGUUGCUUUUAUGUCCUCCCCCAGGCUGCGGUAGCUCCAAUUGGACUGGAAGAAUGGGUAAUGGGCUUAAAGCAUUCCGCAUGUUCCCAGAUGCAAGGCACACUUUACAGGACAUCAAAGUGCUCUAUCAUUUACAUAUUAGUCAUCCACCGUGACAUUUUUAAUGCAAGAUAACUCGACAAACGACCUGCUUUAGAAAUUAUUGUGGAAGUACAGAAGAUAUUUUGCAACCGGCUCCCUUCUAAUUUGUUGAUUUCAAAUUUUUGGGUUUUGUUAUUGAAACACAUGGUAAGAAUUAGUCCCACCACAAGUAACGUUAUCUAGGUCUAUAAGCUAACAAAUUACAAGGCCUGUGUUAUUUGUUCAUGAAUUUGUUUUCUGUAGACACAUAGUUUGGGGCACUUUUUCCAUUUAGUCACAAACAACCAUCCUGCACAGGAAACAGGUCUGUGGAGGCCUUUUUGUACACUUCUAACCAAGAAGCACAGCAUUCACUUUUAAAUAGAUGUUCAUCAUCUACAGGCUGAUAACUUUUUCUCCCCAUAAAAUGUAGGUUAUCAACAUAGUCCUGCAUUCAAAUAAAGUUAUAAAAAUCA